GUUCUCCACCGUGCUCUAAACAGAAACGAGGCGCGCGAUUUGUUUCCAAGUCGUACCAGAUACGUACGUUCGGUACGCCGCGAACUUAAUUCGUUUUUACGCAGACUUUGAGUUAGUUCGGGAUAAUGACGUGUAGAGGGAGGCAACCCUUCGGGGUUGUACUCCGUGUGUUGGUGGUACUCUGUGGAUGCUUGUUUCUAUUUGAACAUACACAAGCCCAAGAAGGACGAAGUUGUAGCUAUCCAGGUUCGCCAGCUCAUUCGUCGGUACAUUUUUCGGACGAUAAUCUUGGUCCAGAAACUGUGGCGACCUAUACGUGUGAAAAUGGAUUCGAAUUACUAGGACCCUCCAGAAGGGUGUGCGAAAACGGGGUAUGGUUACCCGAGGGCAUACCAUUUUGUGUUCUGAAUGUUGCCGCUGGCAAAGCACCAAUGCAAGUAUCCAUCCAGGGAACGGGGAUACCACAAAAAGCCAUAGAUGCCAGUACUAGUGCCUUUUUUAACAGCGAAACUUGUACCUUGACGAAGCCCGAAAAAGCACCUUGGUGGUACGUCAACUUGCUCGAACCAUACAUGGUACAGUUGGUGCGACUGGAUUUUGGAAAACCCUGUUGUGGUGCCAAUAAACCAGCCACUGUUGUGGUAAGGGUAGGAAACAACAGACCGGACUUAGGUAUCAACCCGGUUUGUAACAGGUUUACCGGUUUCCUGGAGGAAGGUCAACCCUUAUUUCUUCCCUGUAACCCGCCUAUGCCUGGUGCUUUCGUCAGUGUCCACUUGGAAGUACCGGUAGCCACUCAGUUAUCUAUCUGCGAGGCUUUUGUUUAUACUGAUCAAGCACUGCCCAUAGAAAGGUGUCCAUAUUUAAGAAACCAACCUCUUGGCACUGUUGCCACAUAUAACGGAAAAUGCUACGGAUUCUACAACGAACAGCCUUUGAAGUUUUUGGACGCGUUGCAGUACUGUAAAAAACGCGGAGGUACUUUGAUUGAUGAGAGUAAUCCAGCACUUCAAGGAUUCAUCAGUUGGGAGCUCUGGAGAAGGCACAGGAGUGAUUCGAAAGGACAGUACUGGAUGGGGGCGAUUCGAAAUAAACAACUUGGCGGAUGGCAAUGGUUAAAAGGUGACGAAGUAACCCUUUCAUUCUGGAAUUCACCCGUUGGAAAUGGAGACUGUGCCAGAUACGACGGUACCAAAGGAUGGUUAUGGUCAGAUACAGAUUGUAGCAUGAGGCUAAACUUCAUCUGCCAAUACCAACCUGUGGCAUGUGGAAGACCAGAACAACCACCAAAUUCGACCAUGAUAGCUAGAGAUUUCAAUGUGAGUUCUAUAGUAGAGUAUGCUUGUGACGAAGGGCAUUUACUAGUAGGUCCGAGUACGAGAACAUGCUUGGAAACGGGAUUUUACAACGAAUUUCCGCCAGUGUGCAAACGUAUUCAAUGUGGAUAUCCUGCUGAUAUUCCCAACGGUGACUACACCUUGGUGAAUGAUUCAGUUGGAUAUUUAAGCAGAGUGAUCUACAGCUGUGAUGAUGGCUUUGAAAUGGUGGGAAGAGCACAGUUAGCCUGUGAUAUUGAUGAAAGAUGGAACGGUCCACCACCAAGAUGUGAACCCGUUCAGUGUGAACCACCUCUAGAAAUAACCAACGGAAUUUUACAGUUACCAAACAACGACACAUAUUACGGUUCAACAGUGAAUUACAUUUGUAACCCAGGUUACAAACUGGUAGGACCCAACAAGAUUACUUGUAUGGCAAAUGGUCAAUAUGAUUCUUUUCCACCAUCGUGUGAAGAAGAUCCAGCUUUAACUUCAACCACUCAGGAGGUUACAAAAGCUACCAGACCACCAACAGUACCAACAACAACGAUAAGAACAAGAACCAGAACUCCUAGACCACCCCCCACAACCAUAAAAGCUUCAAAUGAUGUCAUAAGGUUAACAUCAAGAACAAGAAAACCGUCAUCUACUUCGGCUACUACCACAACAGUUGAAAUUACUGACAGACCUUCUAUUAUUAUAGCAGCACAUCCACAAGAUAAUGAAAUAGCAGGUAGUUCCAAUAUACAGCAUGGUGAGUCCCCCAACGUAAAUAUACCGUUGUCAAUUGAUGGUGAACGUCGGGAACCUUUUGGUGCCAGACUCAAUGUGGGUGCCAUCAUAGCUUUGGGAGCAUUUGGUGCCUUCAUUUUCCUAGCAGCUAUAAUUACUACUGUUGUAAUUUUAGUUCGAAGGAAUCGAAGUGCCAAACACUACCGCCACAGGGCAUCCCCCGACUGCAACACCGUAGCCUCCUUCGACUCAUCCAGCUCAGGCUCAGGAAACGGCGGACUGAACCGGUACUACCGCCAAGCCUGGCAAAACCUGCACGAAUCAGCAGGCUCAAAGUCCGGACUCAAGGCCAGCGCAGCCCGCACAAAUCACCAGGGCAACCACUCGCCUCUGCGUCGCAAGGAGACCUUGGACGAGCCGAUGCGCACCGAGCGGCAACGGGACGCUUCGGAAAUGGUCGUGAACGAGGCGUACGGUGCGAAGGUGGCCGAAAGGAAGCGACACCAUCAUCACCACCAUCACCACAAGGAGGGGAGAGAGUGGGGGGCGAGUAGGCCGCCCCCUGGCGGGCAUAAACGGUACUGACGGCCGUGCAUGGUGACUAGGGUGGAGUUUGAAGGUGAGGAGGUGAUACUAGGUCGAGUUACGGUGGGACUAAUAUAGAAUUAUUUAUUGAACUUUUUUUUGUAUUUAGCGGUUUAUUGAUAGUUAUGGUGCCUGGCCAUUCUACAUCAGUGGUUUGUAUUUUAAUGCACAAAACUGUAAAGUUUGUUCCCUAUAAUGAAAUGAGGAUUUUUUAUCCACAGUAUGUCUCCGGAUUGUCUUUACAAAAGGAAAAUCUUUUUUAUUAUUGACAUUUUGGUGUAAAUGCAUUGUUCAGAAAAGUUUUUACUUGAUUUAAAAUGAUUAAUUCCGUUUAUACUUUUCCAAAUUUCCAUACCGUUUUAUAGAAAAUAAAAAAAAAGACAUGAAAAUGUAGAUGAUUUUUUCAAAGUCCUAUAAAUCAAAACGCGUUUCUACGGCUAUAGAAUUUCAUUUUCAUUCUUUGAUAGAUUAUUGACAGAAUUUUGAUUAACGUCAAAUUUUUUGCUGUUUGAAAAUCUUAAAGAAUCACAAAAUUUAUUUAUUUUAAUGCUACAGAAAGGGGAAUAAUAGUUAUCAGAAAAUGUAAUACUUUAACGACAUUAACAAAUAUGACGUUAAUCAAAAUUAAUUAUAACGGUCUAUCAAAGAAUGAAAUAGAAAUUAUAUUACCAUAGAGAGACCUUUUAAUUUUUACGUCUUAGACAAAAUUCUUAAUGAUUAACCAUUUUAGAACAAGCAAAAAUUUUAAAGAAGAAUGGAUUUUUCCCAAAAUGACAAUAAUAAAAUAGUUUUUCUUCUUGUAAAGACUUGUAAUAACUCUUUACUUUGAAAAAUAUUUCGAUUUAAUAAGUACCAAAGUCAAAAAAUUCACGUGAAUGCAUUGACAUAACUUGUUUCAAUCAUUUGUUGAUUGCUGUGUAUAAGCUCUGUUGAUCGCUGUUGAUAAGCUCUCUAUAAGAACUGCUGUAUCUACUAUUCGAAAUGCCUACGCAUUUCCCUCUUUUUUUAACAUGACUGAUUUGUUCAUUCGAUAUCUGUAUCAUUGUCUAAUAUGUUGAUAUCAAAACCACAGAUUUAGGAUGACUAGGCAUCUAGAUAAACUCUUACUUGUCUCAGAAAAAGACUACUUACCUUGAAUGAGAAUGAAGUUCGAAAAUUGUCUUAGUAAAGCAAAACUUAACAAUCUUUUAUGAUAAAAUGUUUAAAUGCGUAUCAUAAUAGACAGAAUUAUGAUAAAAAAGUACCUUAUUAAAACUAUAACUUUAUCUUGAUUAAUCAAUCUUUAGUUAACGAGAAUAUCACAUAUCUUUACACUUAAAACCCUGUUAAUGGCAAAUUUUGUUUUUUUUUCUAUUCUUAUAGCAGUGCCAUUUAAAAACGGCAAUAAAUCAUAUUUUAUAAAUAAAAUAUAUUUUAUGUUGUACAUAACCUUAAUAAAAAAAAUCGUGACACUUUUUGUACGAAGUAUAAUAUUCAGAACAAUAAAAAAACAGUUUAUUUUUUUAUUAUUCUGUGUGAUGACAGAACUGUCGCAAUUUUUAAACACACAACUCUAUUUUUUUUAAGUUAGUAUUAUGUAGUUUAGUGUUAAUAAUUAAGUAAGUUUAAGACAUAGAAAAUUUUUAUAUUUUAUUGUUAUGUGUAUCAAAGAUAGCAACUUUUGUAAGAUACUUUUUUCAAACAAGUUUUUUUUAAGUUA